AGCAUCAAAACAAAAAUAUUUGUUCAUUGUCAUUCAACUUUUCCUAGUUGUUCAACAUUUGCAAUAGAUGGGUUGCGGCCCGUCGAGUGGACGACAAAAUCCGUCGACUGAAUUGAAAAAAUCGACAAGAGCAACCACAACGACCACUUCAUCAAGUCAGCGGAAUAAUUACAACGACAAUAAUCAAAACACUUCUUCAUCGUCGGGAAAUAAAAAAGAAUCCAGCUCUUCCUCAAAACAACAUAGUUCCAAGAAAAGCAAAAAAAGUAACAGCAAGAAAAAUCGGUCACCAUCUCCGCAACCCCAAUUGACCAUCAAAUCGGCAAUUCUCAUUCAAAAAUGGUAUCGCCGGUGUGAAGCAAGGUUAGAAGCUAGAAGGCGGGCCACGUGGCAAAUUUUCACAGCGUUAGAGUACGCUGGUGAGCAGGAUCAGUUGAAGCUAUAUGACUUCUUUGCGGAUGUUAUUCGUGCCAUGGCCGAAGAAAAUGGAAAAGGUGGUGUUGAAAACGGAAGAAAUUCGCCUUUAAUGAGUGCCUUGUCUCAUUAUGCAAAACCAUCUUUGAUGGACUCGGAAGGUGAAACUGUGAAAAAGAUGCUGGAAGACACAUCACCAACCAAUGUGGACAUUGAUAGAAAUUACAAAGGACCAACAUUAAGUCUUCCUCUUGAUAAACCACAAGUCGCGAAAAUGAUUGAAGCGUUUAAAGUAAACAAAGUCCUUCAUCCAAAGUAUGUGUUGAUGAUCUUACACGAAGCGAGAAAAAUUUUCAAAGCGAUGCCUUCCGUGUCAAGAAUUUCCACGUCGAUAUCGAAUCAAGUUACAAUAUGUGGAGAUUUGCAUGGAAAAUUUGAUGAUCUUUGCAUAAUAUUAUACAAAAAUGGUUAUCCAUCAGUUGAUAAUCCGUACAUUUUUAAUGGUGACUUUGUGGAUAGAGGAGGUCAAUCAAUUGAAGUACUAUGCGUACUAUUUGCAUUGGUUAUUGUGGAUCCAAUGUCAAUAUAUCUUAACAGGGGAAAUCAUGAAGAUCAUAUUAUGAAUUUGAGAUAUGGAUUCAUCAAGGAGCUUUCCACCAAAUAUAAGGAUCUGUCUACUCCAAUUACUAGACUACUCGAAGAUGUUUUCUCAUGGCUUCCUAUUGCCACUAUCAUCGAUCGGGAUAUAUUUGUUGUUCAUGGAGGAAUCUCCGAUCAAACUGAAGUUUCAAAGCUUGACAAAAUCCCUCGUCAUCGUUUUCAAUCCGUACUCAGGCCUCCUGUCAAUAAAGGGAUGGAAUCGGAAAAGGAAAAUUCGGCUGUGAAUGUUGAUGAAUGGAAGCAAAUGUUGGAUAUAAUGUGGAGUGAUCCCAAACAAAACAAAGGAUGUUGGCCCAAUGUUUUUCGAGGUGGUGGAUCAUACUUUGGUGCAGAUAUCACGGCUUCUUUCCUUGAAAAGCACGGUUUCCGACUACUAGUCAGGUCACAUGAAUGCAAGUUUGAAGGAUACGAGUUCUCACAUAAUAACACUUGUCUUACCGUGUUUUCUGCUUCAAACUACUAUGAAACAGGAAGUAACCGAGGAGCUUAUGUCAAAUUUAUCGGAAAAUCGAAGCAGCCGCAUUUUGUACAGUAUAUGGCAAGUAAAACACACCGGAAAUCGACAUUAAGAGAAAGACUGGGAGUAGUGGAAGAGUCUGCUGUGAAGGAGUUAAAAGAGAAGCUUAGCUCAUUUCAUACGGAUUUACAGAAGGAGUUUGAAAUUAUGGACAUUGAGAAAUCAGGAAAGCUUCCAAUCUUAAAAUGGAGUGAUUGUGUUGAGCGAAUCACAGGACUAAAUCUUCCAUGGAUAGCACUAGCACCAAAAGUUGCAACUCUCAGCGAAGACGGAAAGUACGUGAUGUACAAAGAAGAUAGAAGAAUUGCUCAAGUUGGGGGGACUCAUGCACAAGAGAAAGAUAUUGUAGAGUCAUUAUAUCGACAUAAGAGCACAUUGGAAACAUUAUUCCGAUUUAUGGACAAAGAUAACUCUGGUCAAGUAUCAAUGAAGGAGUUCAUUGAUGCAUGUGAAGUCCUUGGAAAGUAUACAAAACGUCCAUUACAAACCGACUAUAUUUCUCAAAUCGCGGAAUCUAUCGAUUUUAAUAAAGACGGUUUCAUAGAUUUGAACGAGUUGCUGGAGGCCUUUAGAUUGGUUGAUCGACCGUUAUUACGUUAAUUUUUCCACUUUCUCAACUAAAAAUUCAUAAUCGUGUAUAUUGUUUGUCACUUACAUCAUUGUUAAAUGUCACCUCUUCUUGAUUCCUCAGUUUUUUUUUCUGAUAUGGAAAUACUUUUGAAUCUACUUUUAGUUUCAUUCGCGGGUAUUCCCAAUAAACCAGUUAAAAUGU